AUGAUGAAGACACUAGCUUCCCUGGCACUGUUUGCUGCAGGAGCUACAUCUCAAGUUAUUGAUAGCUCAAGUUUUGGUGCCGGCAAAACGAUAUCACCAAACCGAGACCAUUCAAUCCCGGGAUGGACAAUUGGAGGAGAGGGCCAUCAUCCGAACUUGCUGUCAGACAAAGUCAUUUUAACACCGCCAUACCCCGGUAACACACGGGGAUCCCUAUGGGCACAGAGUCCUGUUUCUCAGUCGGAAUGGUCAGCAGAAUUCCAAUUCCGCGCGAGUGGUCCUGAACGAGCUGGCGGAAUCCUGCAAUUAUGGUACACUAAAGAUGGCCAGUCCCGGAUUGGUACCUCCAGCAUUUAUACUGUUGGCAAGUUCGACGGCUUUGCACUCGUGAUUGAUACGCAUGGCGGACGUGGCGGCAGCGUUCGUGGAUUCUUGAACGACGGUACGACCGAUUACAAAAGCAUUAACAGCCCGGACGCCUUGGCCUUUGGUCACUGCGACUACUCCUACCGCAACCUAGGCCGUCCGUCCAUUGUCAAGCUCAAACACACCAACUCGAUCUUUGAAGUCACCAUUGAUGACAAGCCCUGUUUCUCCACCAACAAGGUUGCACUACCUGCUGGAAACACCUUCGGUAUCACAGCCGCUACCCCAGAAAACCCCGACUCAUUCGAAGUCUUCAAAUUCAUCCUCGAGUCCGCCACCACCCAAGGCUCAACAAUUCCCUCGAACCAGGGCAACACCCAGCCGAUCGUCAACCAAAACCAAGUACCACCCAAAGCCCAAGUCCCGCCUGCGGCACCCGCAUCGGAAGGCACGAUGAUUGGUCUCGCCGCCCAAUUUGUCGACCUCAGCGGCCGUCUCCAGCUGACCAACAAGGCAACCAACACCAUCCUCCAAGACAUCAAGAGCCAAGCCCAGAAGGCUGACGCUCGCCACGCGGAGCUUCUCCAAAUGCUGAUCACAAAGGACCAGUACAACGCCCUGGAAAGCAGACUCGCGCGCAUGGAGCAACUUAUCGCGAAUAUCCAGCGCGAUGUCGGAGACAGGGAUUACAGCAGCCGCUUCAAUCAGCUCCACGAUACUCUGCGCUCGUCGCACCUCAGCUUGAGCGAGAACCUGCAGGGUCAUCUGUUGAAUGUCAUUACCGCCUCGACUCCCCGUAUGGGCUUCUUUAUCUUCCUGGUCAUUGCAUUCCAGGUCGUUCUCGUCAUCUCCUACGUCAUCUACAAGCGUCGUCGAGCCAAUAUGCCCAAGAAGUUCCUUUAA